AUGACAAAACUGUCUGGGUUGCAGAAGGAAGUACUCGCUUUGUACAGAGGAUGGAUUAGGAUGACGUACAGGAAACCAAGGGAAACUCGACCCCAUUUCUUGAGUUACAUACAUGAGGAGUUUGGUAAAUACAGGGACUUACCACGAAAGGAUUUCACCACUGUGGAGCAUCUACUACGUGUAGGGAAUAAAAGGCUGAAAAUGUAUUCUAGUCCAGAUUUAAAGGAUGUUCAUUAG